AUUUUUGAAAUAACGAUAGUGAAUAUUUUUAAUUAAAUAAAAGAGAUUCAGAUCUUGACAAAUUACAAUUUGUUUCACAAUGAAAAGGCUACUUAAGACAUUGCGAUGAUCCCAUUUCUUCAGAUUAAAAGGAAAAAGAGAAUUGAUUUAGGAACAAGAUGAGUGAAAGUACAAAUGUCAACAGUAAUCUGCUAGUAAUUGUGCUGGAUACAAACCCUGCCUGGUGGGGGAGAGGAAAUUCAAAUGAAGAUAAAAAGUUAACUUUAUCAAAAUGUGUGGACACACUGAUGGUGUUUGCCAACUCUCAUUUGAUGAUGAACCAUUUGAAUAAGAUAGCUUUUAUAGCAGCUCACUCAAAUGCUAGCCAUUUUUUGUAUCCAAAGAAGAAGAAUGAUAGCGUAGAUGCAGUGAUUGACGGAGAGUUGAAUGAUGGGAAGUACGAACUGUUUGAUCGUAUGAACUACCUCGUAAAAGAGGAAAUUAAAGACCUUGUACUCAAUAGUAUGGAGGUAGAGUUUGAAAAUGACUCACUCAUUGCUGGGGCUGUAUCCAUGGCGCUUUGCUAUAUACAUAGAAUGGAGAAGGAAGCCCAGCUUGACGUACAGAUGUCUUCCAGGAUUUUGGUCGUCAAAGCCUCAGAGGACAAUCCAGCUCAAUAUAUGAACUUCAUGAAUACAAUUUUCUCUGCACAAAAACUGAAUAUUGUUAUAGAUGCAUGUAUCCUAGACAAUGAUUCUGGACUUCUUCAACAGGCAUGUGAUAUAACUGGAGGUGUAUAUUUGAAAGUGCCACAACCUCAGGGACUUCUACAGUAUCUGUUGUGGGUGUACCUACCAGACCCGUCCACCAGAGAACGUCUAACCCUCCCACCACGAGCUCAAGUUGACUAUAGAGCAGCAUGUUUCUGUCAUAGAAGCCUUAUAGAUAUAGGAUAUGUGUGCUCUGUUUGUCUCUCAGUUUUCUGUACAUUCAGCCCAAUUUGUUCAACUUGUCAAACUACAUUCAAAAUAAACGCACCACCCAAAUUGAUGAGAAAGAAAUCAAAGAAGAGCCUGGCAUCAAGUUGAUGAUGUUUAAAUGACCAGACAUACAGGUGUAACAUAUAUAGCAAUACUGAUAUUGAGCAUUUUAUUAAUUACAUAAAUUAUAGAUUUAUUGUGGAAGGCAAAUAUUAUGGUGCUAGAAAUCCGUGUUGAUUUAUUCAAAUUAAAUCUGAAUUGUGUUUUAGAAUAAUGAAUCUAGGGCUUAUGUCAAGUACUUAUCUAGCACAUAAGUUAUGUGCUAAGUUAUAAAUGAAUUAUUACAUAAUUAUGAGACUGCCUAUUGGGACAUACAUGUGUAUAAAUCGGCUGAAGCUUCCAUAUAGUUAUACAGUGCAGUUAUAAUUUUGUGAUUCAACGACUUUUGGAGUAACUAUUCAGUACAAAAAUUUCUGUAGUAUAGAGCACUGUGCUUUUUACAUACUAGUGUUAAAUGCUGAAUAAAGAUCUUUAAUAUUGA